AGGGACCUAGCACCUACCUACUUGACUUUAUCAACAAAAAAAACUAUCGUAUUCGUUGCAAAACGUUUUCCGUUUUACAGCAGAAUUGGCGCAGCAAAAUCACGUUGAACUGCCCGGAACCAAUGCAGCUGGCUUCGUUUCCCAACGAAAGAAUUUGAGAGCUGUACUUCAGCGUUACCAUCUGAUUUUGUUUCCGUUUUGUGGAUUCUAUCUGGAAAGCAAGUAGCUAAUCCUUUUUGAAAACCAAAUUAAUCGCAUAAUGUAAGUGUUAACGAAAUAACAAUGUGUAUAGUAAAAUGAAAGACAAGUGAAAGUGUUUUAAAUAUAUGCGUCGUUGGCCUGGAAAGACUAGUAGCGUUCAUUCAAUCAUUGUAAUUUCCCCGGCUAAAGCUAUGUUGACCAUAGUGUGCAACAUGUCAGAAUCUGGCCACAGUCAACCUGGCAUGUACGGACAGGGAAGGAGGAGAAGGCGACGCCGAGACAGGGAUGUGGGUCCCCCGGGGCAAAACCUCUCUGGUCCCAGUCGAGAUCGGGAAUAUGUCCCCAGAGAACGCAGGGAUGGCAGUGAGGAGCCUCCAGGACCACUCCUUCAGAAGACCCCCAUCAUCCUGGCCAAACCCCCUGGAGAACGGUCCAAGCCUUCCCAGAGUGUACCCAUCGGUGGAGGCCAGGCCCUGGAGAAGCCCAUCAUGCUCAUCAAGUCCAGGGAGGACGGGGGGAAACCAGGGACCCCUCCUGAGGUGGCUUCUCCAUGUUCUGGGGCCUCAAAGCUAGAGAGGGAGGGCCAGCGCCCUACUCAACCUGUCUACCAGAUCCAAAACAGAGGCAUGGGAGCAGCUGCUUCCAGCGGUGCUGUGGACCCUGUGAUUGGCCAGACCAAGCUUGUCCCCCCUGAGAAGAUGAAGCACAGCAUCAAGCUGGUGGACGAUCAGAUGAACUGGUGUGACAGCGCCAUGGAGUACCUAAGGGACCAGACAGACAUGUUGGUAGUGGGAGUCAUUGGCCUGCAGGGAACAGGGAAAUCCACCAUCAUGUCUCUCCUGUCUGCCAACGCACCUGAAGAAGACCAAAGGGGCUAUGUGUUCAGGGCCCAGACUCAGGAGAUCAAAGAGAGAGGAGGGAACCAGAGCACUGGUAUUGACUUCUACAUUACCCAGGAAAGAGUCAUCUUCUUGGACACACAGCCCAUUCUCAGCCCCUCCAUUUUGGAUCACCUCAUCAACAACGACCGCAAGCUGCCUCCAGAGUACAACCUCCCUCACACCUAUGUGGAGAUGCAGUCUCUUCAGAUCACUGCUUUCCUGUUCACAGUGUGCCACGUGGUCAUUGUGAUUCAAGACUGGUUCACUGACAUCAACCUCUACAGGUUCCUCCAGACAGCAGAGAUGUUGAAGCCCUCCACCCCCUCAGCCAGCCACGACAGCACUGGUUCCUCUGGCAACGAAGAGGGAUCAGAGUACUACCCUCACAUAGUGUUCCUGCAGAACAAAUCUAGUCGUGAUGAGUUCUGUCCCAGAAACCUGAAGAAGAUGCAUAUGGCAGUGGACAAGCUGAUGGCCCACUCCCAUCUGAAAUACAAAGGCACAUUGUCCAUGCUGGACUGUAAUAUUUUCCCUGGCCUGGACCGCGACUACCUGGAAACAGAGGUUAACAUGUUCCUGUUGCCCCUCAUGGAGAAUGAGGGGGAGGACGCGCUAACCAAAGCAGGGUCUGGGUCUGCCCCUCUCUUCUCUCUCCUCCCGGGCUACAGAGGACACCCUACCUUCUCCUCUCAGGUCUCCAAGCUCCGCAGCCAAAUCCUGGCCAUGUCCCGCUGUCAGCUGUCACACACCAUCCUAACAGAGAAGAACUGGUUUCACUAUGCAGCUCGUAUCUGGGACGGGGUGAAGAAGUCCUCAGCCCUGUCUGAAUACAGCCGUCUACAGGCCUAGCAACAAUGUCAACCUGUUAUGAAUAUACUGGAGGAAAUGGAUGUCCCUUUCCUACAUGAGGACCAGAAGAGACAGAGGGAGGUGGGUCUGGAGAUGGACAGUGCCAGUACUAUUGGGCUCACAGGUUCAGUCAGUGGUGAUAUGAGGUGCUUGAUGUUGAGGAGAGGUCCAUCUCAUCUCAUGGAUCUACAGAUAGUUCAACUUGGUGUCUUUGUAACAGAGGGAGAAAAAGGGACAGCUGAUAAGAUUCAGGUGUCAAUGUGACAGUAAAUAACCCUGCUAAGUGUUAGAAGAAUCAGAUGGUACAGAAAUGACUGACUUUGAAAGAUACAUUCUGACUAACAUGAUGCAAAUGGUGAGAGUAAUAUUUAGUUGAAGCAUACAGCGGUGCUUCAUUUUUAUUUCAAAAUGUGUGAUUCUCUAAAGUAUUUGUUACCUGUUCAUCUGAAAUGUUCUGAUUUGUUUAUUAUGUAAAGAUGGAGCUGAGAUUCAGGACGAGACACUUCUGCAACUUGACAAGAAUUGAUAAAAAUAUGAUGUAAUCAUUAUCAUUAAACCGAUAUACUCUGUUA